GGUUUGUGGAAAUUUGAUAUAGACUGCUAUAAAAAGUAUGGAAAAUAUGGGGGUUUUAUGAUGGCCAACAGCCUGUGCUGGCUAUCACAGAUCCAGAGAUCAUCAAAACAAUGCUGGUGAAAGAACACUACUCCGUCUUCACAAACCGUCGGACUUUUGGUCCAGCGGGUACUAUGAAAAAGGCCAUCACCACAUCUGAAGAUGAAGAAUGGAAGAGACUUCGAACACUGCUAUCUCCAACUUUCACCAGUGGAAAACUCAAGGAGAUGUUCCCCAUCAUUGGACAGUAUGGAGAUACGCUGGUGAAAAACUUGAGAUGAGAAGAAGAGAAAGGGAAGCCCAUCACCAUGAAAGACAUCCUUGGAGCUUAUAGCAUGGAUGUGAUCACUGGGACAUCAUUUGGAGUGAACGUUGAUUCCCUCAACAACCCACAAGAUCCCUUUGUGCAGAAAACCAAGAAGAUCUUAACAAGUUUAGAUUUCCUUAACCCAUUUUUUCUCUCUGUAGUUAUGUUUCCAUUCCUUACUCCAGUUUAUGAGAUGCUAAGUAUCUCUAUUUUUCCAAACCGGCUAAUGGACUUUUUCUACGAAUUUAUAAAAAAGAUGAAGCAAAAUCGCCUUGAUUCAAAUCAGAAGACCCGAGUGGAUUUUCUUCACCUGAUGAUACACACUCAGAACUCCAAAGGCAAAGAGUCCCAGAAAGCCCUGUCUGAUAUGGAGAUCACAGCCCAAUCAGCUGUUUUCAUUUUUGCUGGCUAUGAAGCCACAAGCACAUCCAUUUCCUUCAUGAUGUAUACACUGGCUACACACCCUGAUGUGCAGAAGAAACUUCAGGAUGAGAUUGACAGUCUGCCCAAUAAGGCACCUGUCACCUAUGAUGCCCUGAUGGACACGGAGUACCUGGACAUGGUAGUGAAUGAAACUCUCAGAUUGUACCCGGCUGCUAGCAGGCUAGACAGGAUCUCUAAGAAGGAUGUGGAAAUCAAUGGAGUGUUCAUUCCCAAAGGGACUGUAGUUAUGGUACCAACCUUUCCUCUUCAUCGGGAUCCUGAGUACUGGCCAGAGCCUGAGGAGUUCCGCCCAGAAAGGUUCAGCAAGGAGAACAAGGGCAGCAUUGAUCCUUAUGUAUACAUGCCCUUUGGGAAUGGACCCAGGAACUGCCUUGGCAUGAGGUUUGCCCUCAUCAGCAUGAAACUGGCUGUCAUCAGUGUCCUGCAGAACUUUACCCUCCUGCCUUGUGAAGAAACUCAGAUACCCCUGAAAUUAAGCAAGAAAACACUUUUCCAACCAGAAAAACCUAUCAUCCUGAAAGUUGUGUCAAGAUAAAAUUACAAAUGGAGCAAGAAUUUCCCUCAAGAGUUCUGCUGUUCUUCAAGGG